GCCGUAAUACGUCACCUGCAAAUCAUCACGUGACUCGCGUCAAUUCCAGCGCUUCGGUCGCAACAGUCCGUAAGAUAUCUGUUGAAGGCUGAUUCCGCAGUCACAACAUUUGGAAAUAUCGUUGGAGGAGCUUUUCCUCGGGUCCUUACUGUCAUAACAUUUCACCGAGGGACAUUUCCACCCAGCCCGACUAAUUCGCCAUCACAAUGCUGAACUUCUGUCCUCAGUGUGGCUCAAAGUUACAGUCUGGUUUCAGGUUCUGUCCAUCGUGUGGUGGGAGACUUCCAGAAGACCCACCAGAAACUGUAGAUUCACAGCCAGCCGAACCACACCCAGACUCCGUGCUUUCAGCUGUGAGCGCCAUGGAAGUCGAUUAUGCUGGAGAUUCCUCACAGUCUGCACUGAAUCGCCCUCCUUUGUACUCAACACGGCGAAAGACUUUGAGUGGCACAGCCGAGCACUCUUUAGAUAAGAAGUCACUGAAAUCUCCACGAAAAGGAAAGGCAUCCCCCCGGGUUAAAGAACAAGAGGAGGUUAAACAAACUUUUCCACUUACAUUUCAAACUCCAGAUAAGACAUCUACGAUGUCCCCUCGAAAACACAAGGCUUCCCCCCAGGUUAAAGAUGAGGAUGCGAAACAAACAUCUUCAAUUAUUCAAAGCCCGACCAAAUGCAAAGCUAGGAAGCGAGUGUGUGCUGUUGAGCCUGUCCCAGAGGGUACAGUGGUUUGUGACCAGUCCAGCAAAAAGUGGAAGCUGGUUGAACUUCUGUGGCAAACUGAAUUAGAUCUGACAUAUGCAGUCUGCCAGGCGAAUCAGCAUGCAGACUCAAAUGAUUGCAAGUACAUGUUGCGACUGGGGGCUAAAGAGGGACACCUGUUUAAUGAGCAGAACUUUCAUCUGAGAGCAGCCAAACCUGAUGCAGUGGAGAAAUGGUUGAAAUUGCACAAAUUGGACUUCCUUGGGAUUCCAUCCUGUGUAGGGUUCGGUCUUCAUGAAGCAUACAGGUUUUUAGUUUUUCCUAGCAUGGGUCAUACUCUACAGACAGUCAUGGAUGAAGGGAAUAAUACUCUAUCUGAGAAAGCUGUGCUCCAGCUUGCAUUGCGAAUAUUGGAUGCACUGGAAUUCAUCCAUGAGAAGGAAUAUGCCCAUGCAGAUAUCCAUGCUGGAAAUAUUUACAUCAACACUGACAGCCACACAGAGGUUUUCUUGUCAGGCUUUGGUCUUGCAUUUAGGUUUUGCCCUGGUGGAAAUCAUGUGGAGUACAGACAGGGUAGCCGCACCGCACACCAGGGUAACAUCAACUUCAUCAGCGUGGACUCUCACAAGGGAGCUGGUCCCUCUCGUCGUAGUGACCUGCAGUCUCUGGGUUACUGUAUGCUGUACUGGAUGACAGGCUCACUACCAUGGAGUCAGCUCUCUCAAACAAGCUCGGCCAUUGCUGCAGAGAAGGAGAAGUAUAUUUCUGAUAUCACUGGACUUUUGAGUGGUCAUUACAAACAGAAGAAAGCUUCAGGUGCUUUACAAAAAUACCUAUCUAAUGUGAUGAGCCUGCAGUAUACUGAGAAACCAGAUUACACACUUCUGAAAGCUGGGCUAUAUGAGAGCUUACAGAAGAUGGGUGGGAGUCUGAAUGAAUCCCUGAAUUUGUAGGUGAAAGCAUACUGACAAGAGUUGACAGGUGUGGAAUGUGGAUUUAAUGUUUUCAUGGAAUGUUUCAGAAAGCUUUAAUGUUUUACAAGCAACUUUUAUUACAGUUUUUACAAGGA